CUAGCAGGAUGUAGCUCUGGUUGAAGAUGGCGGCUGUGUGUUUGCCUCACGGUUCUGCAGUCUUGUAGGAAUUCGUAUUUAAUUCCGCUUUACUGGCCGAAUUGUGUUGUUUCUUUGUCGUCUCCAGGAGGUCGGCGAUCUCGUUCUUGAGAGUGGAGUGUGAGCGUCUUAACUCUGGAAUAACGCUGCCUUUAACUGGAAUAAAGUAGGCGAUGCAGCCUCCUCCUCGAACUGCACCUCCAGGGGCUGUUGGCCCUCCCCCAACUGGAGGGGUCCCCAAUGCAUUUCGAAGGACAAAGACUUACAAACCAGGGAAUGCACCCGUGUCUGGGGCAGCUGCACCUAUCCCUCCUGUGACCAACCCGUUUGCUUAUGGCAGGCAGACCCCACAGACCAUGGCUCUGGAAAACCAUCCUGCACCCAUGAAAAGCAGCCCUCUUCCUAUGCAAAAUCAGCCUCCUUCAGGAUUCUAUCAGAUGGCUCCAGUCCAGAAUCAGCCCUUACCUUCACAGACAAUGGAGAGUGCACAAGGAUCUCAAUCUGUACCAACACUGCCAUCCUUAUCAGGCCCACCUGGGGUCAAUGUGUUUACCCCCAACAGUAACGUGGCUCCGUCACCACUGCCAGGCCAUUUCACCAAUGUCCACAGCAUUGCAGGCUCGACUCCUCCUGGAAAAGACCAUGGGCCAUUUAACUCCAGAGAACAUUCACCUUAUCAUGCUCAAGGUGCCCCAGACAACAGCUUUGAAGGCCCUUCCUUUGCUGCAGCCCCCUUGCAGAAUAGACCCCCAUAUGGUCAGGAUUUGAAUAAAGGGCCUGCCUCUUACAAGCCUACAGUUCCAAGUGCCAUGCCCUUUCCACCUCAGAACAUGCAACCAUUGGCGACACAGUGGAUGUCUGAUCAUGGUAGCCGCCCUCCUUCAGUUCAUAAUUAUUUCCAGCCAAGCAGUGAUCAUUCAUCUCCGUCAGUUAGUGCUCCCCUACCAGACUUAUCCACGGCUAACAUACCUCAACAGAUACCACCUCAAAGUCAUGUCUACUCGGAUCAAUUAGGCCAGAGUAGCCAGCACAAUGCCACUCUGUUUCCAAGCUCAGCAACCAGCACAACACAGCAGUUGCUUGAAAAAGCAGAGAGCAACAAACCACCCGCUCCAGAGCACUAUAACCCUCAGCUUCCAACUCAGGGUUAUUUCAGUCAGAAUUUUGGAUCACCUGAUCCCUGGUUUAACCCACCUCCCGGAGAGCAUUUCUAUCAUCAGAUGGGCGGAAUUGUAACGAAUAAUCUCCCCAACCCAGCUAAUACCGAACAGGCACCUAUUCCUGUGCAAUCAGGAGAGCUACCAGCUGGUAAUCCUGUUUCUUAUGAAUCAGAUCCUGGCACCUUAUCAAUGUUUUUCAAAGGGAAUGAUGUUGAAAAUGAAGAAAUGCUUGUUAGCAAGGGUAAGACUGCCAAUGGCAUUUCUAAUGCAGAUUCAUUUGUGCCGAGCCAGGAUGCAUUCUUUAACCCCGGUUUUCCAAAUACGCAGCUGCAGUCUUCACAGUUGCAGACGGGUACCGAUAUUACCCAAAGUGCCUUGGAUGUGGCUGCUCAUUCUAAGGCCCAUGCAUGUGGUGAUGCUUCAGGCUCAUACUUGAAUGACAGUGGUUUCGCAAGGGAUUCCCAGAAAAACAUCGGGACACACUUUGACAAUGUGGAAAACUUGGAAUGUGUACCAAAUCAGGAAGUGUUACCUAAUGAACCACCUAAUAUCCCAGAAAUGCCUCACAAUGUCAGUGAUGUCACAGGACUUGGACAAGGCAGUGUUGCUUCUCAGUUGGGGGAUAAUUUUGAAGGGGGGCCUAACCUAGAGACUCCAGACUCUAUUCCUCAUCCUGUUCGAUCUGAAAGUGUCUCCUCAAGUUAUAGUAACAUAAGUCACAGCAGUGCAUCUAGUUCCAGAAGGCCACAGGGAGUGGUAGGAACUUUUAUACAGCAGGAGAUUGCUAAACCCACUGAAGAAACUUCAGCUGGUUAUUUUGAGCAGAUUGAUACGUCUCCUGCAGGAGAUGUAAUUGACCAGAAUAAAAUGUAUCACACACAGCUUUCCCAGCCUCCAACACCCAGCCCCCCCAAACCAACUGGGAUAUUUCAAGCCAGUGCAAACAGUUCCUUUGAACCUGUCAGAUCACAUGGAGUGGGUGUCAAACCCAUUGAGAUUGACCAAGCCAGGAUGGUCAUGGAGAAAAGCAAUGGAGCACAAAACAACGCACCACAGGGAGUGGUCAUUUCAGAUGCAUCGCCUGGUAAUCUCGAACAGCCACCGGACAACCUGGAAAACAUAUUUAUUCCCUCACCCCGCACCCCAUCAGUGGUACAGUCGCAUGUAGGCAGUCCUACUAAUGUCAUGCAGCCUAUCGGCAAGCCCAUGGCAGAGACUGCUCUUCCUGAACGGAGACCAUCUUCUAGAGCUCAUGGUACACGAGUGAAAUGUGAGAGUCCUGCUACUACCCUGUGGGCCCAAAAUGAGAUGCCAGAGUUGGGGGCUAACAUCUUGUUGGCUCCAGCUGCCCCUCCAGUACACGGAUUAUUCAAGCAGCCUAGUACAGAAGUUAUUCAACCACCUGAAGAUGGCCCUUUGGAACAUUCAUUUCAGCAACUGCAGCUGUCUUCAGACCAAGCAUCCCCUUCACAGAAGCCAGAGACAUCCUCCGAGAACCUUGAGAACCCUCCAAAGGCAAACGAGGGUGACCCAUUAAAUUCCCAGGCAAGUUUAGGCUAUGCCAGCCUGCUAGUUGCUUCCCCCGCUGCUGAAUCAUUCCAGAAUCAACCUAUCUUGAUUGCCCCACCAGCUCAAAGCUGCAGUGUGAUUCCUCCAAAUAAUUCUCCACUCUCCUCAUCUCAUUCUGCUAAUCAAAUAAACCAGAAUGACGCUUUACAAAAUCUAGGAACAAAUGACAUGGCUUUACCUUUAAGCCAGAACCCUCUGACGUCUGGUACAAAUCCUGUGCAAUUAACCCCCCUACUGAACAUGUCCUUGGCUAAUCAUCCCCCAAAUUCACAUGCAUCUUCAAUGAAUUCCCCUGGAAUUAUAAGUAGUCAACCUGGAAACUUGUCAGUUCAACCACUGCAUCACUCUCCACUCAAUCUGGCACCAGAAAACAGGCAGAAUAUGAAACAAACAGCAGAAAGCUCAGCUUCAGAGUUAACAAGUAAACCUCCAAAUUCCACUAUCUCCAGGACUGAUUCAAAUGUAGGUCAAAAGCAUUCGGCACCAGCUACCAGUUCCCAAGCGCAACCUCAGAUUAUGCAUCAGAAUGCUACCAAUUAUGAACUCCUUGAUUUUACCAUGCACCAUCCGCCAAUGACCCCAAAUCAAACUUCUAAUCAAAGCAGUUAUCUUCCUCCGGUAGGCUCCCAGCAGCCUGUGCCAUUAAAGCAAGGCACACCAGUGAGUAAUGCAACAGGGUUUUAUCUGCAGGUAACCAAAGAUGCACAGCAGACAGGAAAGGCUCAGCACGAACAGCAGCAGCUGUCAACAGCAGCUGUCCCUCCAAUGCCAACUAACACCCAGCAGCCAGCUGAUGACACUUCACAGAAGCCUGAGGCUCAGCCUGGGCUUCUGAGAAAAGAAGCUGCACUGCCAGCUCAGCCCAGUCAGUGCCCUGCACCAAAUAAUGAGUAUCCACAGCCUCAGCUCAUCGGACAAGGCCAGCAAGCAUCAGGGGCUCUGAAUCCAUCUAUUGGAUAUGCUCCUGGCCUGGGAGGACCACAGCCACCAUCCAUGUACCCUCCUCAGCCAUUGCCACCAAACACAUCCCAGCAGCCUCCUCCUGAUCUCCAGAGACCCCCAUCAUCACACACGCCCCAGCCAGGAUAUGGGCCUCCCUCUCAACCACCACAGCCGCCCUAUGGGCCUUAUUAUGGUGGUGCCUAUCCUGAGUAUCCGGAUGGAAGGCCUUACCCACCUUAUCCUCCCCCAGCUGAUCCCAGGGCUCACCAGCCGUAUUACCAGGAGGACCCUUACAGAAGGUAUGAUCCACGGUAUGGGAGAUAUGAUAACUACAACCCGGCGUACAGGGAAGGAGAACGAUACCAGUACCCUGAGCAGCCAGAGCGGCCCAGUUCUAGAGCUAGCCAGUACUCAGACAGGCCGUCCUCCAGGCAAGGCUAUGCUGAAGACUACUAUCUGAAGGCUAGUCGAAGUGCCUAUGAUGAAUAUUAUGCAGACUUCUAUAAAAAACAAUAUGACUAUGGAGAUCGAAGUCGAUGGGACCGUUAUGAUCCUGCCUCCUACGAUUCCCGAUACAGAGACUACUAUGAUCAGUCCUACUGGUACAACUAUGAUUCAGAGGCUUACAGGAGGAGAGAUCCCUACUAUAGCCAAGCUUAUCUACAGAGGCCCGAGGGAUACGACGACCGCUGGCGCUACGACCCCCGCUACGACGCCAGCUUCGACGACGAGUACGUGCGCCCCAGGGACGCCUACGGGGACGAGUACGAUCGGCGCAGCGUGCACAGCGAGCAGUCGGCCCACAGCGUGCGCAGUUCCCGCAGCCAGCGCAGCAGCUUCAGCUCGCGGUCGCAGCAGAGUCAAGUUUACAGAAGCCAGCAGGACCUUGUUGGGGGUAGUUAUGAUCAGGCGGGCCAGCCAACCUCCCUGCAAGCUGACUACUCGUACCGCCAGUAUCCCGACGCUGUGGAUGGAAGCCAGGGAUAUCCGGAUUAUCAGUACUCAGCGGGAUACCAGGUGGAAAGCGGAUGGCCUGCUGUUGAACAAGCACCUCCCAGACCUGUGACUCCGGAGAAGUACACAGUCCCGCACAUGUGCGCGAGGUUUGGGCCUGGAGGUCUGCUCAUUAAAAUUCUCCCCAACCUGCCUUCGGAGGGCCAGCCUGCUCUGGUGGAGAUGCACAGCAUGGAGACUGUGCUCCAGGACUCACAAGAGCAAGAGGAGCUCAGAUCCUUCCCAGGGCCUCUUGUAAAAGAAGAAACGCAUAAAGUUGACGUGAUCAAGUUCGCUCAGAACAAAGCUAUGGAGUGCCUGAGAAAUGAGAGCCUGCUUGAUAAGGACUCGGCAUUCCUCAUCUGGGAGUUCAUUGUGUUGCUCUGUAGGCAGAAUGGGACUGUGGUAGGGACAGAUAUCGCCGAUCUGCUGCUGCGAGAGCACAAGUCGGUGUGGCUGCCUGGGAAGUCUCCUAAUGAGGCCAACCUGAUUGACUUUAAUAACGAGCCCCUGGAGCACGCCGAGGAGGAGCUGGGCUCGGGGCAGCUCUCUCUGCUUUCCGACACCUUCAUGACCGUACCAGAGAACGCAGGCAAGGAGACGGAGAGAUUCCGAGAGCUGCUUCUCUUUGGGCGGAAGAAGGAUGCAUUGGAGUCUGCAAUGAAGAAUGGCUUAUGGGGACAUGCCCUGUUGUUAGCCAGUAAAAUGGACAACAGAACACAUGCCCGUGUUAUGACUAGGUUUGCAAACAGUCUCCCUAUUAAUGACCCUCUGCAGACAGUGUAUCAGCUCAUGUCAGGGAGGAUGCCAGCUGCAGCCACCUGCUGUGGAGAUGAGAAGUGGGGAGACUGGAGACCACACUUGGCUAUGGUGCUGUCAAAUCUCACCCACACCCUGGAUCUGGAUACCCGAACCAUUGCUACUAUGGGAGACACCCUUGCGUCAAAAGGGCUGAUAGAUGCUGCUCAUUUCUGUUACAUAAUGGCCCAGGUUGGGCUUGGUGUUUACACCAAGAAGUCUACUAAGAUGGUUCUGAUAGGAGCAAAUCACAGCUUGCCAUUUUUCAGGUUUGCCUCCAAUGAAGCCAUCCAGAGAACAGAAGCGUAUGAGUAUGCGCAGUCUUUGGGCUCUCAGCCUUGCUAUUUGCCGAACUUUCAGGUCUUUAAGUUCAUUUAUGCCUGCCGUUUGGCUGAGGUGGGGCUGUCUGCACAGGCCUUCCAUUAUUGUGAGGUCAUAUCCAGAACUGUCCUCAGUCACCCAUCCUACUACUCUCCCAUGUUUGUGAGCCAGCUCAUUCAGAUGUCUGCGAAAAUGAGGUUCUUUGAUCCUCAGCUAAAGGAGAAGCCUGAGCAGGAGUUGUUUAUAGAGCCUGAUUGGUUGAUUCAGUUGCGCCAAUUGGAUGGUCAAAUAAAGGAUGGUGCAAUCAUGUACAGCUUGGACAGAGCCACCCCCCAGCAAUAUGCAUCUAGUACCCCCAGCUCUGAGUUCGACCAGCCCAGCCCUCCUGAUGGCUUGGGAAUGUCUCAGGAUGUUAAUGGCGCCGCCCCAGAGAUCCCCCCUACAACAUCUUUUAUGCCAAAUCCAGGAUCACAAGUGCAGCUUGUGCCACCAGCACCUCCAACUAUCCUUGAUGGCACAAUGCCUUCCAUAAUGCCACCUCCAGCUGAAGGGGGUGUCCAGUUCUACCCAGUGCCACCUGUUCCCCUGUGCCCGGUGCCCGGGCCUGUCCCUCCCUCGCAGGGCCCAGGGUUUCCACCUCCAACACCUGGGUAUGGGGUCCCUAACCAGCAGGAGCAGCAUGAGAUGUACCCAGGACAGCAUAUGCCACUACAAAUGCCCCCAUCAGAGACAUUACCCACUGUACCAGAGCGACAGCAGAAUCACCAGCCAGACAUCCACUUGAAUUCCCAGCCAUCCUCUCCAUCCAGAAGUACAUUCACUCAAGGACCAAUGGAUUUCUAUGACCACAUGGCUAUUAUGGGGCCGGGAAGGAGAUCUCGAUCUACUUCACAGUCUUCAAUGCACAUGGGUUAUGGAAGGAGGUCCCGCACCACCUCGGAGUCCUCCAGUAACUCAGUGGGGCGGGACCGGAGCAAUUCAGCAGCGAAGCAGCCCUCCCCUCCCCCUCCAUCCAUCCCAGAGCAACCAGUGAGCAAAUCAGAAGACUCCAAGACAGCCACCAAAAAGGACUCGCCCAAAAAGGGAGGAGGAGCAGGAGGGUGGCUGAACUGGCUGUACCGCAAGAGGAAUGAGGCUUACCUACCAGAUGACAAGAACAAGUCGAUUGUAUGGGAUGAGAAUAAAAAACGAUGGGUUAAUCUUGACGAACCAGAAGAGGAGAGCAAGCCUCCUCCCCCUCCUCCCACAAGCUUUCCAAAAUUGACCCCUCAGCAGAGGCCUGGAGCGACUGCUGGCCCACCCAGUGGGGCCCCCCCAGUCAAUAUUUUCUCAAGAAAAGCUGGAACCAGGAGCCGGUACGUUGACGUUCUGAAUCCCGGAGGGCCCAAGCCCAGUCCCAUCCCUGCAGAUCUGUUUGCACCUUUGGCUCCAAUGCCCAUUCCCACUAACCUGUUUAUACCAAGUUCAGCAUCUGCAGACAGUCAGCAGCCUACAGAAGGCAGUGUACCAGAAACGGAGCAGAACACAGGGCAGACCAUCUCGGAUACAAGCUCCCAGCCUCAGUUUUAUAACCCGGGAUUGUAUACUCCCAGCACAGAAGGAACGUCAAAUACAGACGCAACACAGGCAGGGGAGCUCUCGCGUUCUAGCUCAAUGAGUUCUUUAUCUCGUGAAGUGAGCCAGCAUUUAAACCAGGCCCCUAAUCAACCACAUGUUCAAGAGGGUCCGAUAGCUGGAGGUGUGGCUUUCUAUAACCCCUCUCAGUUUGCACAGCCAACUGCACCUUCGGGAGGAGCGAGGACGGGGAAGUUCGGCCAGAGGAAGUACCCAGUACUGAAGUAGAGCCCAGUCCCACCAAAUGAAAAACAUAUGUAGUGCUACAGGCAGACAAUAAGGCAUCGUGACAUUCAUUCAUGCUAUGUAAUUAGGGAAACUCAUAUAAGUAUACAACCAUUUUUCAUUUCACUACCAGUUGUCCAGAUUCACUCUGUAUUGCAUUAGCAAUAGUCAUAUCACAUCUCUUAAUUUAUUUUUAGCAUUCAGAAUUCAUGGAAAAUGUUCAUGCUUGUAUUUAGAAAUAUCCCUGCUCUCAUGAAGUGUGCUGUACUGGCCCAUUUGGGGGUGGCAGCUCUGAGUAGGGCUAAAGAGAAUGAUGUGAGCCUCUGUGAAUUUUCCGUCAUGAUUCUUAGGCUAGUGACUUCUUCCAGGCUGGAAAGGUUUUAUUAGAUCAUCACAUGCUGUGUUUGUUUAAACACAUAAGCUUGCUGUUUGGAGAAAUUGAAGGUGCCUUUUUUUUAGCAGUCGUGCCAUUGUAGGCUAACCAUUGAACUUAACUGCUCAUCUGGGUAUUUAAUACGACCUAUUAUUUAGACACCAGGUGUGAAUUGAUAAGGAAUAAAUGUAAGAUUGGCAAAAACUGCUGUACUAAAGGAGACCUUUCCUUCAACAAGCAGUGGAGAUUCUGCCUACUGUGGUGCAGUCUAAGUUCUAUUUGGAAAAACCCAACAGCCCGAAUGUAGCCCACUUUUAUUGGAAGUAUUAUUUAUUUUGAUGUUGAUUCCUCCACUUCCCUAAUCCAUGAUGCUCAACAGUCCAAGAUUUGAGAAACAUUGAUUUCAGUGAUUUGUAGUGUGAAUAUUAAAUAGUUCGGAACUAAAAUUCAUUCUGUUAUUGUGAAAGGAAGCUUAAUCUAUGUAUUUCAGUAUUUAAUUCAGAAUCACAUUGAGAAAAUAAAAAUAUUUAUUGUGAAUGUCACUGUUCCUUAUUGAUCUGCUCAAUAACAGGCAGUAUGAAAGACAAUGAAGAAACAGAAAUGAAGAUCUUACGUUUGGUGGUGGUAGUGAAGACCUCAGUCUACAGAAUAAUUUGGUGUUUUUUCUCACCAUAACUGAGUGAGGAUCAAAAGGCAUUUUAAUGUAAGAACUUUUUAUUUUUAGCCGUUGAAAAAUUAAAAUCGAACCUUGUUAACGCAAGUUUGAACAACACAGGAGCUUUGUCUUGUAUCCUUUCAAAACAGAUAAAUGGAUACUAUAAGUCCCUAUUUCAAACCCAAGUGCUGAAACUGUGACUAGAAUGAAAUCUUGUGAAUAAAACCUGUUUAAAAACAUAAGGCCUGCUUUUAUUAAUCCACUAUAUAGUUUCUUUGAGAAUCUGCUGUAAGUAAAAAAAGCAGUUAAACAGUUAAAGAAUAUAGGUAUCUAAUGGAGAAUGAACAGUGUGAUUUUCUUUAAGUGCAAUAUUAUAUCAGCUUUCUGUCAAGGAGUUGUGAUUAAAUAUUUUUAGGAGGGGAUACAGCAUGACAGCAGAUUGAUCAAACUUUAUUGGUGUUUACCACUUAAGGAGUGUUUGGAAUGUUAUUUAACUUUUAGCCCUACACAUAUGCUAUGAUUAACCAAGGUCUUAAUUAAAAUAACUUUUACCAUGAUUAAAAGUAAUAAAAGGCCCUACAAAAUACUGGUAAGUGCUGUUUAGAGAGCUGACAUCAAAACUUGACAUUGAGAAACCAUUUUUCACUGUCAGAAAUCUUUCCAAAUAUUUGUAUAUCUGAUUUAGAUUGUAUUUAUGGCCUGUAGUCAGUGUGCUACACAAUUAACUUGUUUCUAAUUUAACCUCAUCUCACAGUUUAAAACCUAUAGAUAGUCCAGUGUUCAGGCAUCUGAAAAGAUGGUUUCAGGAUUAUUGAGGGGAAAAAAGACUGAUUUUGCUCUGACCUCAGUCUCUCCAUCUUUGUGAUUUUUUUUUCUCUCCUGUCUUUCUUAAUGUAUCCCGGCCCUUGCUUUGAUGUAGUUCCUGAAGCUGUAUUUCCAUGUAGACUGCUGAAAACUUUUAAUUCAGAAGGCUUCCUUCAUUGAAAGGGAGCUCUUAUUUUUCCUAAAGGUGUUAGAAUUUGACACUGUAAGAUUCUUAACAAAAAAAAAUAAAAAUAUUUUGAGCUCUGGA